CCUCUGAUCUGAUUUGGUCAGAUCAGUUCCAAAUCCCGAUUCCCCAAGAAAAGAAAAGAAAAUCGGCGAGAAAAUGGAUUCUCGAGCUUUGGCGGCUUUGCUUUCAUCUCUCGUCUCCGAAAUCCUCCUCCUACUGUUACUCUUCCCGUCAGCCAAUCCCCUCGCCACAUCCACCGAUUCCACUUCCUGUUCGAAUCUUCUUCCUCUCAUCCACCACGUCCAGUCCUUUUCGGAAAUCGCCGCCACCGUCGCGAUACUGUCCAGUUCCAGAAAGCGAAAACGAGGCCAUUGCACGGACCUAAAUUCGACGGACGACGACGAUGAGGAGGAGCCCGGUCCGGGGUUGAGUCGACUCGGCGGGGUCGACUCGGCGAUCCCUCGGGACCCAGACUCGUUCCGGCUCUGCUUCAGGAUGAGUCCCUCGACGUUCGAGUGGCUCGCCGGCCUCCUCGAGCCGCUGCUCGAGUGUCGCGACCCGGUCGGCUCGCCGCUCAAUCUGUCACCCGAGACUCGGCUCGGAAUCGGCCUCUUCCGGCUCUCGACCGGCGCGGAUUACCCCGAGAUCUCCCGCCGGUUCCGCGUGUCGCCGCCGGCCAUCAAGUUCUGCGUCAAGCAAUUCUGCCGGGUGCUAUGCACCAAUUUCCGGUUCUGGGUCGGGUAUCCCAGCGCCAACGAACUCCAAUCCGUCUCCGCCGCAUUCGAAACCCUCACCGGAAUGCCCAAUUGCUGUGGAGUCAUCGACUGUACCAGAUUCAAAAUUCUGACGAACAAUUCCGAAUCCUGUGUUGCGGCGCAGAUAGUAGUGGAUUCAUCGUCUCGAAUCCUGAGCAUUGUUGCAGGUUUCCGGGGAGACAAAGCCGAUUCAAUAGUUCUUAAAUCCUCAACUUUGUACAAAGACAUUGAAGGCGGGAGUUUGUUGGACUCACCGCCGGUGUACAUAAACGGCGUUGCUGUGCCUCAGUAUCUGGUCGGCGAUUCAGACUACCCCUUACUACCUUGGUUGCUGGUGCCAUUUUCUGAUCCGGUUCCCGGCUCUUUGGAAGAAAAUUUCAACGAGGCUCAUCGUUCGAUGAGAUUAUCGGCGCUUAAGACUAUAUCCAACUUGAAGCACUGGGGGGUUUUGAACAAGCCAAUUGAAGCAGAGUUCAAGAUUGCAGUGGCUUAUAUCGGUGCUUGUUCAAUCUUGCACAAUGUUUUGCUUAUGAGGGAGGAUUAUUCGGAUUCCUCUGAUGGAUUGGUUGAUUGCACAUUAGAUGACGAGAGCUCUCGGUUCCAUGGGGAUACUAGUAUGGAGGAGAAUUCAAUUGAGGGGAAGGCUUCAGUUAUAAGAAGUGCAUUGGCUACAAGGGCCGCAGAGAUCCAUAAGUCGGACCGAUGAAUAGUUUAUGGUAGUUCGAGGCAGUCACAAAUUGAUUAAGAAAAUAAGGAAUUUGUGAAUUUGAGGUUAGGCUGUUGACAGCAUUCUCUAGAUAGGUAAUUGAACAUUACUCUGAUAAUGCCUCACUGAAUUUAACCUUAAUUGAUUCUUGAAGGUUGUCUCUGCAUUCUUUUGGCAAUUGGCCUUGGAAGGUGGCCAAUCUUUUGUUAUUUCCCUAGUGGAAAUUUGGGCACUUGCAGCAUCCCUUGGCCACUGGACUUUUGCGCCCCAGUUCUGCCACUCCCAGUAAAGACACUCACCAUGCGGUGAUACCCCUUGAUUUGAUUGUAGAAGCUCUCCGUGCCAUGUUUGAAUAUGAUCUCAAGUGCGGCUCCAAAAGGCCUGUUUACUGGGCUGCGCCAUAAGCUACUCCACAAGGCUGCUUCAGAGGAUUGUGGCACAUGCCACUCCAUAGGCUGUCAUACAGGCCUAUUUACAAGCCACGCUGUGUGCUCUGCUCCACUGGUUGCUCCUAUUUGCUCCUCUGACAUGCAUGUCCAGAGCAUCCUUAUCGGUUCCUGUGUCUUUAGUGACUCCAAUAGCUCCGACAACUACAACCUACUAAUUCAGGUUAAGGAGGGCUCAGGAUCUCUUCAAACCAAGGACUUCAGUGUUUUGUGGGAUAGAAGCUGGACUUACGGACUUGCAGGAGGACUUUUCCAUGGAAGGGUCAAAGAUCUGAGUUGAGCUAAAUACACUUCCUCUAAGUACCACACCUGCAAAGCAAAAAAGGAAGAGAUAUGCUCGACCAAACACCUUCCAUUGCUCAUGUCAAUGACUGAAGAAAAUUUUUCUUGUGAAUGUUCACAUACAUUUCAAUUGUGUUGGCCUGGCCAUUUAUUGACUUCAGCGAUUGGGUCUCAAUCAAUUUGAGUUUUCCUACUGUUACACGUCUUGAGCUUAAUGAUAUCCUGCUAAAACUCAUAACUGAGUCAUGUUUAGGUAAAAACUCUCAUGAGGGUAAAUUUUGAGAUUUUACCUUUCUCCAUCCUUAAGCUUAAACAGCUUUAAAAGAAUAGAGAUUUCUAUGUCUUAUUCAUGCAAUAUCCUUGAAUUUUCUUUUCUAUUGAAUGCAGGCUUCAUUUCUUUUAGCUAUCAUUGAAACUUAGAAGAUCCAAGUUAUGGAUUUGGAUACAAGUAUCAGACACAUAUGCCACAUCCUUAUUUUUCACAAUUCUGAAGGACAUAAUUAUGUGAUGUCUGUAAAUGAGUCCAUGUUACAUUGAUUAUUUGUCAACAUAUUCCAUUUCAUUUAGAAAGGUAAUCAGACUUUGCUGGUACAAGAUGAAAAUUGUAAUAAUUUUCAGUAGCAUAACUA